AUGGACUCGAAACCACCCAGGCGAGAAAAUCACAGCGAUGGCUCCGACGUGGACUCUCGCCGGCCAGAAUCAUCGAGGAGACGGCGAGACACAUCUCGGUCUCGAGAUCGUCAGGAACGCAGGCCACGUUCAAAUUCCAGAGACGGCUAUGCUGAUCAGCGACGAAACCGGAAAUCCCACGCGGCCGGUUCUGAUGAAGAACCAUCACAUCGUCGAACAACACAUCGAAGGGAUCGACGAGAUCGGUCGGCAGAUAGAUCCGCCGACGAGGACAGGCGUAGACGAAAACACAGAGACCGCUCCCAACCGCGAGACCAUGGAGAGCUUUCACGCCGGCACCGGUCGAGAUCUCCGCCUGCUAAAAAGCGAAGAGAAAGGUCGCGUAGUAGAUCAAAAUCACCAGCAAAGGCGCCAGUACAGAGAUCUCGUGCAGCCUUACCGUCGCAAAAUGACUCCUUCAGAGGUGAGGUCGCUCCGGGAGAGGCACCGCCGCCUGAGAAGCAGAAGCCCAAUUUCAAACCCACCGGUCUUCUUGCAAAGGAAGCAAAUACCGUUGCAGGGACUACGACUGUGUUGAAAUAUCACGAGCCGCCCGAAGGACGCAAGCCAUCUUCCAGGGACCAGUGGCGGAUGUACAUUUUCAAGAAGAAGGAUCUGCUUGAUACGAUAUAUCUGCACCAGCGGAGCGUAUGGUUGAUGGGCCGCGAUCCCAAAAUUACCGAUCUUCUGCUCGAGCAUCCGAGCAUUUCAAAACAGCAUGCGGUAAUUCAGUUUCGGCACAUGACAUCCACCAAUGAGUAUGGUGAUAGGACUAGCAAGGUGAAGCCAUACCUCAUUGAUCUAGAGAGCACGAAGGGAACCACACUGAAUGGGAAGAAAAUUGAGGCAAGCCGAUAUGUUGAGCUAGUAGAUCAGGAUGUUCUCGGGUUCGGGGACAGCGAGAGAGAGUAUGUCAUGAUGUUGCCAGUGGCAGACAAGUAG